AUGUUGAUCUUAAUCGCUGGUAUCACCGGCUUUAUCGGCAUUCCGUGUGCUAGAUCCGCCUUUGCGCGUGGUCACCAGGUUCGAGGCCUAGCUCGCAAUAUCGAUAAUCUUCCGCAGGACAUUCGGGACCGUCUUGAAUCUUUCGAGACGAUGGCGAGCCCUUAUGGUAUCGCUGCAAUGGAUCGAGCCACUAGAGGUGUUGACGCCAUCAUAUGCUCCUUUGCUGCGCUCCCAGAAAUGUACAUGGAAUCGCAACUGUUGCUGAUUAGAGCAGCAGAACGCGCGGGAGUGAAGAUUUUCCACGCGGCCUCAUGGAACUAUGACUGGACACUUUCGCCUGGCUCACACGAAUUAUAUGACGAUAUGCGGGCCUUUUCUCACCACGUGGCUGUGAGCUCGAGCAUCAAGCCAAUCUACAUGUUCACCGGUGCAAUCGCCGAAUACUACUUCAAAAGAAGCCGCUAUGAUUGGGACCCCGACACCAAGACCUUCAACUUCCAUGGGCCUUCGACAUUCCCAACUCGAUAUACCACCGCGGAAGAUAUUGGCAACUACGUGCUUGAGGCCAUUACAGCCCCCGAUGCCGCCGAUGGAGGCUUCGUUCGUGUGCAGAGCUUCGAAGCAUCCCCGGAGGACAUCGUCAAAGCAUACAAUACUGCGAGAGAGGGACGCAUGACUGCCAAAAUCAACUGCUUAGGAUCAGUGAAGGAUGCAGCAGACAAGCUGAAUGAAGGAAGAGCCAAAUAUGGAAAGAGCGGCUGGUACAACUACCUUCGGUAUUGCUACCAAUAUCAUAUCCCCGCUCGAUCUUGGGAUUACGAGCCCGUGGAUGUUGCACGCUUCCCGAACGUCCAGCAAACUAGCCUGGAACAAUUCUUCCGCCAGAAUCCGGAAGUCUAG